CGCGUCAAAAAUAGCAAGCUCCCAAGCCUUGCCCCCAAGCCCCUUCCAAGAGACCAUGGCUCCAUCUAAUUCCAAUGAUUACCCAUUAUAUUUACCUCUAAUAUGAGUUGGUUUAGUUCAAGAUAUUUUACCAUCGGGUAAUAAUUUUCAAGAGAAAUGGCUGAAGCAAGUUCGGGGCAAGAUUUACAUGUUCUCCGUGCCAACACUGGAAUGGCCAAAGAAAAUGACGUCGCGCCCCUGGACCCAACAAUUAGCAGCGCUGAUGUUUACAGAAUGUGUAAAAAGAUUGCACAACUGACAAAGGUAAUAUAUAAUCUGAAUGUGAAGAACGACGAACUGGAAAUUUACCAAACUCGCAUGCAGCAUGACUACGAAAAGAAGAUGUGGAAGCUCACUGCUGAUGUGCAGCAGCACGUCAGCAACGCUGCCUCCCUGAUGCGCACCGAGUCGACUCGCUCGGCUGAAAUGUCUCAGCUGCGGGCCCAUCUGGACGAACAGAUGGCGCUGUCUAAUAGCCUUGCUGAGGAGCUCAAACGGACCAAGCAACAACACGAAGCGGAGCUGUCUGCCGCCGCCGAGGAGUCGGAGCGGCGGCUGGCGGCGCAGCGGGCGGCGCUGGCCGAGGCCGAGGAGGUGCAGCGCUCGCAGUCGGACAGGCUGACGGAGGUGGAGACGGAGCUGGCGGCCGAGCGGGCGGCGCUGCUCCGGAGCGGCCAGCAGAGGGACGCCCUCCAGCAGAACGUGCUGCGACUGGAGCGUCAGCUGCGGGAGGAGGCCGACCGGGCGCAGACGUGGCGCGCAGAGAGCGAGCGCGCCGCUGCCGAAAGCGAGAGGACGGCGGAGGAGGCGGCAAUGCUCAGGCGGGAGCUGGCGUCUGAGCAGCAGCGGUUGGAGCAGCUGCGGUCCGAGCUGAACGAACGCCAGCGGCAGUUGGAGGAGACGCUCUCCCGGGAGCAGGCGCUCGGCGCCCGGCUGACGGAGCGGCAGCAGGAACUGGACCGGCUGACCUCUGAACUGUCCGCCUCGGUGGCCGAGCUGCGGGACCGGGACGGACGGCUGGAGCUGCAGGAGGGCCGGCUGCGCGACCAGGACGCCCGGCUGGUCACGCUGACGGAGCACCUGCAGAGCCGCUGCGAGCAGCUGCACAGCGCGCAGGCGCAGCUGGAGGCGGCCCGACAGCAGGCGCGCCAGCAGACCGCCGAGACGGAGCGGCUGACUGAGCGACUUCAGACACUGCAGACCGAGGGCGCCGCCGCGCGCAGCCGCGCCGACCAGCUCUCCCAGCUGCUCAUCGCCAGGGACGCCACCAUCAGCCAGCUGGAGUCUGAUCUGGCCGCUGCCGAGUCUGCCGCCGCUGAGGCCAGGGCCGCCGCCGAGUCUGCCGCUGCCGCGUCCGAGGCCAAUCCUGCGGGGACUGAGACCGAGUCGGCCACAGCAGACCUACAGACGGAACUGGAGCAGACCCAGCGCCUGCUGGAGGAGUGUCGGAGCGAGCUGGAGGAGGCGCGGCAGCAGCUGGAGGAGUUGGAGACGCAGCGGGAGGAGCAGUCGCAACUGAUGCAGGCCGCGCUGGAGGAGAGCGCCUCUCUCGAGUCCGACUGCCGCCGCCGGGUGGAGGCCCUGCAGACGGUGACUGCCGAGCGCGAGCAGCAGCUGAUGGACGACGCUGAGACCCGGCUCAGGGAGGUGCGCCGAGACUGCAAACGCAAACUGGACGAGCAGCAGCGCGCGGCAGAGGAGCGCCUGGCCAACAUGCGUCACACGGUGGAGGCUGAGCUGGCGGCCCAGAGAGAGGAGCUCGACCAGCGCAGCGCCAGCGUCGACAGGAAGCUGGCUGAGAUGGAGUCUCUCCGUUCGUUUGAGGCGGAGGUGGUGCAGCUGCGAGGCCUCACUCACGAGCUGAUGCGUGAGCUGCGCGUGGGCACGCGCCAGGUGGAGCUGUGUCGAACACAGGAGGCGCGCACGGCAGAGGAGAACCGGCGGCUCACUGAACUGGUCAACAAACACAAUAGCACGGUGGCCAGUGUACAAAAGGAGCAGCAACAGCUGCGACUGCAGCUGGAGCAGCAGCUGCGGCUGCAGGCUGAACAGGAGCGCGCCGCCCUGGACGCCCAGUGGGAGGACCGGCUGCGAGAGGAGCGGCGCACGCUCAAGGCCGAGCUCGACUGUCUGCACUCGGAGGAGAAGCACCUGGCCGUCGAGUCGAUGCGGCUGGGUCGGGAGCAGCGGCUACAGGAGGCCGAGCAGUGCGCCCGGCAGCUGCAGCGGCAGGUCAGUCGAGUGCCCGUCGGUAGAAGCUGGAGUGUGCCGCUGAUGAGCUGA